UCAUGAUAUUGUCCUGUAACUCGAAAGAUUUAAACGAAAUCUGUGACUAAUUCGUGAAUUCGUGGUUUUCUUUGUUUCAACAGACACAACAUGCCAGGCAAAGGUUUGACUCCUUAUCAGGGCAAGAGGCGGUGCUUCGGCGAGUACCGGUGCUCGAAGUGCCACAGGACUUGGAUGAGCGGCAACUCCUGGGCCGACUGCGGCCAGGACUGCACCACGUGCAAUAUCAAGGUCUACCCACACAAACAGACACCUUUGGAGAAGCCGGACGGUCUGGACAAGAGCGACUUGGACAAGAAUCACUUGUCCCAUCUCUGCGAGAAAUGCAAGCAACUGGGAAGAUGCUGUAGGUCGCGGAGAUUUUGAGAAAGUGACGUUUUACUAUAGUUCUAGCGCUAACUCUUCUUCUUUUCAUUUGUUGAUGGCGAUGGACUUAGCGCUAACUCGGUCAGUGUCUGAGGAAAAAUGACGUUUGUACAUCAAACGUCAUUUUACAAAAACACCCUCCCGUGAUGCUGCCAUACCACAGGUAUUGACUGAAUUACCAAAGCGCUAGAAUCAUUUUUUUUUAUUGCUUUUAUAAACUUUACUCGCGAAGCGAUCACAAAUCUGAAUCUGUUAAGAAUGUUAAUUGUCUAGGUGCUCUACACUUCU